UGAAUGUCAGAAAUUGCUGUUUCAGAAAUAUAAAUACCGUAUCUAUAAACUUGCGUGUUGUUAAUGUACUACGUUCAUCAUUGCUCGUCUGGGUUUACGAAAAAAAACUUUUUAAAAAGAGACCUGAACUGGCGUUCUAGCUAGAGUCUCUAGCUAGCUAGGUUUCAAGACAGAAAAGUGUAUGCGCGCACAGCUUGUUGUCGCCAAUGCUGCAGAGUGCGCUCCGGGUAUUGUGUCCGAGUUGCAGCCAAUAGUAUUGCAUAUUGUCACAUAUAGGCGGCGACAUAGAGUCUAUAGUCGGAAAAAAAACAACAUUUCACCUUCUUUUCCUUUUACCCAAAAUGCUCGAGUACGUUUGAGUGACCGUGUAGCGCGUUUGCUGUCAUGUAAUAAUUCAAGAAUAAGACGAGAAAAAUAGGGGGGACGGGAACUUUAAACCGAGUAUAAGGAUUUUACAGUCCAAAUCAUGGCUGUAACAGAAGACGGAGAGGUGUUGCACAGUAAAAUCAAGCACUACGAUGGGGUUGGCAAUGCAAACAGCACAGAAACCUUCAGAAACGGCUAUGUGAAGAGCUGCGUCACCCCUUUAAAACAAGACCACCAAAGGGGCUUCUUGUUUACCGUGUGCAGGUUUUGCAAUGUGGAUUUAAUAGGUUCAAAAAGAUUUCGGGCUUCGGCUCUUUAUGUGGGUGCAUUCGUAGUUUUUGCUGUUUCUUUGGUCAUAUCCAGAAGCUUGCCAAGUGGACUUAGCUUUUUGGAUCUGCGGACUCUGCUGGGGUUUUCACAAUCCAUCAGUCCCCUCUUCAGCAUCGGCUGUGCGUUCUUCUUCUUAACAUUUUACCUGAGGAGGAAAAAAAGGGAAAGUUAUAGGUGCUGGCUUGUGUCGCUGCCGGCAUCAUGCUACUUGGGGGACUUCUUGGUUUUGCUGUUUUUGCAAUGGGGAGAGGAUCAGCACCAGAUGCAAAUGGUGGGCAGAUUGCUCUUUGUGCUGGGCUGUGUGGGUCUGCUGACAUUGAUUCCAACUUUGAAACUCAAACACAGUGUUGUGAUCCUGGUUUUCGCCAGUCUGGUGUGGCUAGUUUCCUUCACGAGCCUUGGCUGCCUGCCUCCAUAUGUGAGACCCCUCUUGGCUUGUGUGGCGGGAGUAUCUGGUUGCCUCAUGGGGCUCUGUUUUGAUCAUUAUUACCCACCAAGGGAUACGCCGCACAGGAUCCCUAACGUUGAGGAAAAGGUGCCUGUAAUUAGACCUAGGAGAAGGUCCAGUUGCGUGUCUUUGGGAGAGACGUCAACCAGUUAUUAUGGCAGUUGUAAAAUUCCCCGGAGACCCUCGUUGCCCUGUAUUUCCAGAGAGCAGAUGAUUCUGUGGGACUGGGAUCUGAAGCAGUGGUACAAGCCUCAGUAUCAGGGUGCGGUGUCCGGGAACGGAGUGGACCUUUCGGUGAUCAAUGAGGCACGCAACAUGGUGUCGGACCUGCUGUCGGACUCAUCACUGUCCCCCCAGGUGACAUCGGUGCUGCGUAGCGUCAGCAGCCUCAUGGGGACCUUCUCUGGGUCUUGCCGCCCUCGUGUCAACCCCUUCACCCCCUUCCCCGGAUUCUACCCCUGCACCGAGAUGGAGGAUCCCGCUGAAAAGGGGGACAGGAAACCACACAAGGGCAUGAACAGCAGCAGGAACAGCCUGCCCACUCCCCAGCUGCGUCGCAGCUCCACCACCUCUACCCUUCCACCCCUGGAGUCCACCUCAUCCCGCUGGGAGCGCAGCAACGGCAAGAGACCCCAUCCAGAGCCCACCACCACCAGCCAAGGGUCUCCGCCCAAUGGACCCAAUGCAAACCUGCUGACCAUUCCUAAGCAGAGGUCGUCUUCGGUUACCCUUACCUACCACAUGGGGCCCAGAAGAGCGGGCACAUCCCCCAGCCUGAGCCCUGUUACCUCACCCAGUCACAGCCCCCCCACCAGCAGCACAUCCUUGGUGACACGCUCCCCUGUGGAGUUCCCCGACACCGCUGACUUCCUCACCAAGCCCAGUGUCAACCUGCACAAGCCACUGGGGUACACCCUCAGUGCACCCGACUUCCACCAGCAGCUGCGCACGGCCAGCACUCCCAUCUGCAGCAGCUGUGGGCGUCAGAUGCUGAAGAGCAUGCCCAGUGUGGAUGCAGGCGAGGGUCACCUGCUGUCGGCUAGUGAGAUGCAGCGCAGUCGUUCAGGUGAGGGGACAGAGGCUGUCAGUGACACUGUGGCACGGGAGGGUGGCCAGGAGGCCCAGACACAGAAAGAGACAUGUCCUGACCCAGGGGGGAGGGACCAGGGGGGCACCGAGCAGCAGUCCGCCCCUGAGAAGCAGCACCAGGAGACAGAGAGUGAGCAGGACUUCACUCUGGACCCCCUACUGGAGGAGCACGAUGCCCUCAUAGAGCGGAUCAACAACUGGAACUUCCAGAUCUUCGACCUGGUGGAGCGAACGGGUGGGAAAACGGGGAGAAUACUCAGCUAUGUGACGUACACACUGUUCCAGGACACGGGCCUGUUUGAGAUCUUUAAAAUCCCAGUGCGGGAGUUCAUGGCGUACUUCUGCGCGCUGGAGGAUGGAUACAGAGACAUACCCUACCACAACCGGGUCCAUGCCACUGAUGUCCUACAUGCUGUGUGGUACCUGACCACGAGGCCAAUCCCCGGGUUCCAGCAGAUUCACAAUGAGCAUGUGACAGGAAGUGACACAGACUCGGACAGCGGGAUAUCUCCAGGUCGGGUGUCUUACGCCUCCUCCAAAAGUUGCUCCAUCUUGGACGACAGCUACGGCUGCCUCUCAUGGAAUGUCCCUGCUCUGGAGCUCAUGGCAUUAUAUGUAGCAGCUGCAAUGCACGACUACGAUCACCCUGGUCGCACAAACGCCUUUCUCGUAGCCACUAACGCACCUCAGGCGGUCCUGUACAACGACCGUUCGGUUCUGGAGAACCACCACGCUGCCGCUGCGUGGAACCUCUACCUGUCCCGGCCUGAGUUCAACUUCCUGGCCAGUUUGGAACACGUAGAGUUUAAGCGCUUUCGUUUCCUGGUCAUUGAAGCCAUCCUUGCCACUGACCUGAAGAAGCACUUUGACUUCCUGGCAGAGUUUAAUUCAAAGGUUAAUGAUGUGAAUAGUCCAGGAAUCGACUGGACUAAUGAGAACGACCGGCUGUUGGUCUGCCAAGUGUGCAUUAAGCUGGCAGAUAUCAACGGCCCUGCAAAAGAGCGGGACCUUCACCUCAAAUGGACAGAAGGCAUCGUCAAUGAGUUUUAUGAGCAGGGUGAUGAGGAGGCCAGCCUGGGGUUACCCAUCAGCCCCUUCAUGGACCGCUCCUCGCCCCAGCUGGCCAAGCUCCAGGAGUCCUUCAUCACCCACAUCGUGGGCCCCCUCUGCAACUCAUACGAUGCCGCCGGCCUGCUGCCUGGGUACUGGAUUGAUGAGGCGCGCUCGGAAGAUGAGGAUGAGGAGGAAGAGGACGGGGAGGACACUGAAACGGAGGAAGAUGAGCUGGAGGAGGAGCUUGAACCAAAGAGGGGAAAGAGGCGGCGCCGGCUCUUCUGCAACAUCAUGCAGCACCUGACGGAGAACCACAAGGUGUGGAAAAAGACCAUCGAGGAGGAGGAGAAGAGCAAGGAACUGAGUAAGCAGCAGCAACUGCCGCAGCAGGCCGAGAGCCCGUCCCUGGCCCCUACCUCCGACGACAUCCAGGUCAUCCAGGAGGAGGCAGAGGAGGAAGAGCGUCAGUAACAGGAGCAAGAGGAGGGGCUAAGGCAGGAAGCUGGGCUGGGGAUCCAGGGGGGCGAAGGGGGUCGGGGCCAAUGAGCCUCCACCCCUGGCCCUCCUUACACGCACACAACGCGCCGUGACGGCACCCCGCAGGAUGCCCCAUGCUCUGAAUCAUCACUGUGCCGACACCCAAAUGCUGACGCGCUCUGCGUCACUUCUAAAAAAAAAAAGGCCUUAUUACUGUGAGCAGACUCCCGUCAAGACGACGAGAGCCCCACUCCUAUGCACUUUGACCCAUGGAAGGAAAAAUAAAAAACCAACACUAUGCUUCAGAAGAGGGGACACUUACACAAGUUCUCCAUGGUAGAGUUACCCAGCUGUUAUGCUGCCUUGUUGAACACAGAGUGCUUAACUUUCCAUGAGGUACUAUAACAAUGAAAGCUAUUUAUAAGAAUAAUUAACCCCAUCAAAAUGAUUGACACCAGUUACCAAAGUGAACAGUCCAAACGUGGAAGUGCAGGUGAUUCUGAGACUCAUUCAGGCUCACUGUAGGGAAAAAACAAACAAAAACAAAAACGAACAGAAAAAUUAUGUAGGAACAUAGAUUUCAAAGGUGCCUGUCUGGACCCUGUUCUGAACUCUGUAGUCCAACCUGAUUGGACUGUUGUUUCUGUUCGAUCUUCAACCCCCUCCCCCCACUCUGGUGGCACGAAACACUGUAUCCGCAACUAUCAUUGGAGCGUGUGUGAUGACUGAAAGCAGAUGACUCUCACGCAUCGUUUUGGAUGCCUUCUAUUCUUGCAUAUGUCCAGCCUCGUUUGUUCUUUGUUUUUUCUCUGUCUGUGUGAAUUAUUAUUUUCCUUCAAGAAUGCAAAGUGGCCAAUCAACUAAAUUUGUUCCCAAAAGCCCAUUGAUGUUUACCACAUAGUAUACAGAACAGGAAAACUGUUCCAACAAAGGGAUGUUAUU